ACCAACAUAACGAAACAUGGAAUCAAAUACUAAAACGGAGUCAACGAAAGUUAGCCCCUUAAGACUCAAUACUGUACGGAUUUUCAGCUUAGCCAGUGCUUUACUCCUCUCAAUGAUUGUAACAGUGAUGUGUAUCGGCUUUCUAAUGAGUUAUGAGGUGGCCACUGAGGUAUCCAGCAUAGAGGACAUACCCUAUUGGAAGGACAAACUGCCGCCGGAGCAGCAGUUAUGGUACGAUGAAGCAAUUGAAGAGCUACAGUUGGCGUUGAAAAGGGACUUACAUAAGCAGCUAGCGGAAAAUGCGAUAAUUUUCGUGACGAGCGGCAUUGAUACGGAGACAAUGGCCGCGGCGCGUGCAUUGCUGGCGAAUCGAACCAAGCCACAGCCAGCGUUGAGUUGGGAGCGAUUUCCACAUCUUGGCAGAUUGAAGAAUAGUUGCAGCAACACCGAUCUCUGCGAUCCAUUCACCGUGGCCAGCGCCAUUUUCAAUGGUGUGCGCUCCAACUUUCGUGUCGGUGGACUCGACUCCGGGGUUUUGUAUCGCGACUGCGUUGCUGCGGCAAAUGUCAGUCAUCAUGUGAAGAGUUUACUAGAACAAGCGCAGGAGAUUGGACUACGUACCGGAUUCGUGACGACGCGACGUGUCACCGGUCCCAGCAUGGCGGCGCUGUAUGCGCGUACACCGAACACCGCUUGGGAAUGUGACGCGACAUUGCCGUUAGCAGCUAGCGCGGCCGGUUGCAUUGACGUGGCGCAGCAACUGAUCAAGAGUGCGACCGGUCGUAAUGUGAAUGUGAUUAUGGGUGGCGGACGCCAGACGCUCGUUUCGAAUGUGCCGAACGCAGUUUGGGAUCCAGUCGAUGAGACAACCUGCAAUUCGCAGGACAAACGUAAUAUCAUCAGCGAUUGGCAAUUGUUGAAUGUGAAGUUGAAGCGCGACUUCGCGGUGUUGCUGAAUAGUGACGACUUGCGCGAGUUGAAUGGUACUAAGGUCGACUAUGUCAUGGGUAUUUUCGCAAACAACAAUUUACAGCUUACAAAUGAAGUGGAUGCGCGAAGGCGCCGCGUACCACAAUUGUCGGAAAUGAUAACGAAAAGUUUAAACGUUUUAAAACGAAAAAACAACAGAUAUCUGCUGACUGUGGAGAGUGGCGUUGAGUCCACAGCGAGUGUAGAUAAGCAAAUGGGCACUCUCUUGCAAUUGAAUGAUGUUGUGCAGCAGACGCUAGAGAAAACUAGUGGAAGUGAAACGCUAGUUUUGGUGCUCUUCACCAACGGCAAGUAUGUGCGUAAUGCAGUCGAAAGUAGCGCUGAAACAGAUGUUACGGCUAAUGUAAUUGACUUUGGGAAUGAGGAAAACACACCUAUAGAGCAACGUUUGUCCAAUAUGGCCACGGAAGCUGUGGUUUAUGCAAAAGGACCACGAUCUUACCUGUUACAUGGCGUUCACGAGGAAACUUAUAUGUCGUAUGUCUUGUCUUAUGCAUUACAAAUGGGUCAUUUCAAGCAAAAUUCCGGUACCGAACAAAGACAUCGAUAACUGGUGUAUACAGUUAUACAUAUUUGCAGAUUUUAUUAAUUCGGAAAAAUCAGUGAUUAUUACAAUAAAUACUCGUAUGAGUACAUAUGUA